AUUCCGUACGCAGAAGGUCGCGUGUCACGCACUGCCCGAAAAGACCGUGUGGUGAGUGCCGCCUCUUUCACCGAAGCGGUUCAAACGAAGAAGUUCAAACAAAAGACAAAAACAAACCAAAAAAAAAAAAAAAUAACGGUCACUUUCUGUCGCGUUAGUUACGUGCCAACUUUGUGCUAAAUGCUGCCGUUGUGGAGCAUUAUUCAUUUCGCUUACGGUGUGUGAUCGGUUGUUCUGUUGGUGCAGGAAUUCCAGCAUCCGGCAGUGGAUCGUUUAGUGGCAUCUUCACAUAGGUGGGGAUUCAAAAAUAAUAACCACAUCAGGCACUCGGAGCCCCGGAUCUGGUUGGAAAAUCCCGCAGCAUCACGUUACUUUAGUGCGGAUCGUAUAGCCUGUGAACAACGCUAAAGGCGCGUUUCUUUGUGUUGUGACGAAUGGUAAAGUAACACGUUCGUCCAGUAGCAGUUUGCAGCACCUGUCCACACAGCACCGCAUCCUGGAGCAGCGGUAGGGUACGCGUGUUUUGGGGGGUGAGAAUGACCGAAGGUCCUUUCGUGUACGGCAUUGAGCUAAGGGAUCCACCAACGGCACCGACCGACAUCAGCCAGUACGAUCUACUCUUCGGUCCGGGGAGCGCCCUCUACCGGCAGCAUCGCCAUCCCAACGGGCACAGUAUGGCCGACGACGGCGACCAGUACUACGGUGCCAAUCUGUCGCUAGCGCUCAGUGACAUCCUACGCGCCAACAUCUCGGCAACGGUCGUCGAGACGCACAAUCUUACCGGUGACUUUGGCAGUACGGCUGUCAGUUUACCAUCCGGCACGGGACACCACGGCGGUACCGGUGGACGGGGCGGUGACAGCACUUUCCAGAAUCAGCUCAUCAUCCCACUGUACGCCAUCAUCUUUCUGCUGUCAGUCGUCGGUAAUUUGUUGGUAAUUUUAACGCUCGCACAAAACAAACGGAUGCGUACGGUGACCAACGUGUACCUGCUGAAUCUGGCAAUUUCCGAUCUGCUGCUGGGUGUGUUCUGCAUGCCGUUCACCCUCGCUGGCCAGGUACUGCGGCGGUUCGUCUUCGGAAGUGUCAUGUGCAAAUUAAUACCAUAUUUUCAAGCUGUAUCCGUUUCUGUAGCGGUGUGGACACUGGUAGCUAUCUCGCUCGAGCGCUAUUUUGCCAUCUGUCGGCCACUUUCGUCGCGCCGCUGGCAGACUCAAUUUCACGCCUACAAAAUGAUCGGGCUCGUCUGGACGGUGAGCUUUCUGGCCAACUCGCCGCUGUGCUAUGUGCAGCGUCUUCAGCCAGUCGGACGCACCACCGGUCAGAUGAAAUGUCGCGAGGUGUGGCCGGACCGCGUGUGGGAGAAAGCGUACGUGCUGUUUCAUGAUGUCGGUUUGCUGUUUCUGCCACUGCUGACGAUGGGCUUCGCCUACUCGAUGAUCGUGUCGAAGCUGUGGCGGGGUCUUCGGCAUGAAAUUAAACAUUCCUCGCUGUACCAGCAAACGAGCAAGCUCGGUACGGGCGGUACGGGUCCGUCGGGUGGUUGUGUCGGUACCGGUGGACCUGCGGUUGGCACCGGUCCGGGUGUGACCGGUACUGCCGGUGGCGAACAACAUACACAUCCUACCGGCGGACCCGGUGCGAGCACGGCGACCGGCCUUGACACGGGUAAACCGUUAAAGGUGUGCGGUACCGGUACCGGGAAACGACACGAGACCGGAUUCGUACUAACAUCGAGUCUUAAAAAGGGACCCUUCAAAGCGUCAACAGCCGUUGUAAACUUCGCCAGUAACAACAAUACGAUCGGCAAAGGCAACUUUAGCAGUGGUAACGGUGGUGGAAGUUGUGGCGGUCUCACCGCUACUAAUGGAGCCGGUACCAGCGGCAACCCGUGCAGCAGUAAUGUGACUAAUGGUAGCAACAACGGCAGCAAUGGUGCGGGUGGAUCGAGCACGGACCGGACGGCGGGUGGUCUCUACUGUGGUGGCGUUAGUUGCGAGUGCCGAACCGGUCGUCUUCGAGGCUUUCGCCAUUUCUUUGCCAAGCAGCAGCACCAGCACGGUGGACUCUGCCGGAAUCAUCGAUAUCAUCUCAGCAGUACCUCGCCGGAAGGUUUGCCGGAGCUGGCGGAAACGAAGUUUGAUGAAACACCCGCUCAUCAGCAGCAUCCGUACCACCAUCAUUGCCAUCAUGGGCACGGUUAUCACCAUCACCACCAUCACCGGAUGCCGACCACCAUCGUGAAGAGUACGCAGCAGGAUGCGAAGCACGAGAUCGUACUGAGCACCGGUGAGCCGGGUACGCUCGAACCGGGCAUUGAUGGUGGGAUGCUGCCGGGCACUGGUAGCGGCACCACCAACACCACCCUCGGUGCUAGUGCCACCCUGCCGACGGUCAACCCAACCACCACUACCGUGACCGGCGACGAUACCACCCUUAAGCCGGAUCCGAGCUAUCAGUUUUCGCGACACGCCAUCCGCUCCACGUACAUGGACAAGAGCAUCGAGGCGAAGAAGAAGGUUAUUCGGAUGCUGUUCGUGAUAAUCGUCGAGUUCUUUGUUUGCUGGGCACCGUUACACAUCCUCAACACGGUCUAUCUGUAUUCACCAUCGUUCGUCUACCAGUACGUUAAUAGCAGCGGCAUCGCCCUGGUGCAGCUGAUGGCGUACAUCAGCUCCUGUUGCAAUCCCAUCACGUACUGCUUCAUGAACAGACGCUUCCGGCAGGCAUUCCUCGGCAUCUUUAGCUGCUAUCGUAAUCGCAUGCCACUCUGCUGCUGUUUCUGCUGCACGUCGAAGAAUGGCGCAAUGGACGGGGUGGAGUCGAAGACUGCCGCCUAUCUACGUCAGAACACCAUCAACCAGUCCGGUGCGGAGCGCAACAAUUCCGACAUGUCCGGUAACGAUUCCCUGGUCUACGUCGGGCGCGGACUCGUACAGCGAUCCGAGAUAUUGAUUCUGGAAUCCGAGGAUCGGGUUUAGCACCGGUUCCGAUCACGUGAACAGCUCCGUUUCGAUCGUAAAUUCGAUCAGCAGUGCGAGAAUCGCACAGGUAAGUAAUAUAUCCUUUACCGAGCUUCUAGCGCCUAAAUGUAGGCAAUCUGCGUUACCGUUAAAGCGCUUUAAGCCUGCGUUUGAGCAACUUAAAGUAGUAUUUGCACUUAAAAUUAAUGAUUAGCACCAGGAGCAGCAUCCACUUGAUCAUAUUGCCAGAAUCUGGUCAAACGAAGUACUAAAAACGGCAAACAAAUCUGGUGUACAACAAAUCCGUACAUUGAUUUUGUAAACUUCAGUCAAGUGCCUAAAGUGAUGCAAACUGCAAAACACAGUUAUGCAAUUUGCAUACACGUUCAGGGCAAUUAGCUUCAAGUUUCUUCGACCGAGCGCCCUAAACUAUGCAACCGGCAAGACAAAACGAGCUGAAUAAAGUGGUGCUAACAGUUUAUAUCCUUAUACGGUCUCCCGCUAACAUUUCUUUGGGCCUUCGCUGUAGGAAGAAAAACCUGUUCCACACUUCUCGUUCACAGAUUAUCGAGACGGACCCGGAUGACGAUUCGUUUCGUUUGCGUAUCACGUGGUCAAAGCCCACCUCGGCUAACUACUCAAAGACUGCAGGCGGUUGUGAUAGCGAGCGUUACUCGUAAGGAAUACAGCAGCUACUAACAGGAGGAG